AUGUUCCAGCUCGCUGCGAUGGAGGCUGCAGCGCAGUUUGUGGUCGAGAGCCCCGACGUGGUGUACAGCCCCGAGGCCAUCGAGGCGCAGUACGAGUACCGGACGACCAGCGUCAGCCGCGAGGACGGCGUCCUCAAGGUGCACCCCUCAGCCACGCGCUUCACCUUCCGCACCGCCCGCCAGGUGCCCCGGCUCGGCGUCAUGCUGGUCGGCUGGGGCGGCAACAACGGCUCCACGCUCACCGCCGCGGUGCUGGCCAACCGGCUGCGCCUGUCCUGGCCCACCCGCACGGGCCGCAAGGAGGCCAACUACUACGGCUCGCUGACGCAGGCGGGCACCGUUAACCUGGGCCUGGACGCCGAAGGCAAAGAGGUGUUCGUGCCCUUCCGCGCGCUGCUGCCCAUGGUGUCGCCGGACGACCUCGUGUUCGACGGCUGGGACAUCUCUUCACUGAACCUGGCGGAGGCCAUGCGGCGCGCGCAGGUGCUGGACUGGGGGCUGCAGGAACAGCUGCGGCCGCACAUGGAGACGCUGCGCCCCAGGCCCUCCGUCUACAUCCCAGAGUUCAUCGCCGCCAACCAGAGCGAGCGCGCGGACAACCUCAUCCACGGCACGCGCGCGCAGCAGUUGGAGCAGAUCCGGAGGGACAUCCGUGACUUCCGGUCCUCCGCGGGGCUGGACAAAGUCAUUGUGCUGUGGACAGCAAACACAGAGCGCUUCUGCGACCUGGUCCCAGGCCUCAACGACACCGCGGAAAACCUGCUGCGUACCAUUCAGCUAGGGCUGGAGGUGUCGCCCUCCACGCUCUUCGCCGUGGCCAGCAUCCUGGAGGGCUGCGCCUUCCUCAACGGGUCCCCACAGAACACGCUGGUGCCCGGGGCGCUGGAGCUCGCCUCGCAGCGCCGCGUGUUUGUGGGCGGAGAUGACUUCAAGUCAGGCCAGACCAAGGUCAAGUCCGUGCUGGUUGACUUCCUCAUCAGCUCUGGCCUCAAGCCCAUGUCCAUCGUGAGCUACAACCACCUGGGCAACAACGACGGGCAGAACCUGUCGGCGCCGUCGCAGUUCCGCUCCAAGGAGGUGUCCAAGAGCGGCGUGGUGGACGACAUGGUGCAGAGCAACCCCGUGCUCUACGCGCCCGGCGAGGAGCCGGACCACUGCGUGGUGAUCAAGUAUGUGCCAUACGUGGGCGACAGCAAACGCGCGAUGGACGAGUACACGUCGGAGCUGAUGCUGGGCGGCACCAACACGCUGGUGCUGCACAACACCUGUGAGGACUCGCUCCUGGCUGCGCCCAUCAUGCUGGACCUGGUGCUGCUGACGGAGCUGUGCCAGCGCGUGAGCUUCUGUACCAACUCGGACCUGGAGCCUCAGAGCUUCCACCCGGUGCUGUCCCUGCUCGGCUUCCUCUUCAAGGCACCGCUGGCUCCUCCGGGCAGCCCUGUGGUCAACUCGCUCUUCCGACAGCGCAGCUGCAUCGAGAACAUCUUCCGGGCCUGCGUGGGGCUCUCGCCGCAGAACCACAUGCUUCUGGAGCACAAGAUGGAACGCCCCUGCCUCAAGCGAGUCAGGCCUGGGGCCACCGCCAGCCCUGUGUCUUACAAGAAAGAACUGGCACCACCGGCCCCCGACAGCUGCACGGGUGACGCCGUCGGGCACCCGCAGGUGCACAGCGCCUGA